CACAGGAAAAUUUUGAUUAAUGUUUAUUACCAUUGUUGACGCAUUAGACUUGGUAAUGGUAAAUAUGUCGAGCCACGAAUAAUUCUAUAUUAGAAUAUAUUUUUAACGAUGGUUAUGUUUGGUAAGGUUCGUAGUCGCUAACCAAUUGCUAUUUACUUCCGCUAUUUUCGCAUUGCGUCAACAGCCACUUUAACGUGUAAAGCCACGCGGUUUCUCGUUUAGUUUUAAUCGGGUCGCUGGUAAUAUAUCACAUUUAGUUUAAGAUCGACAUGAGCUCUCAAAAGGGAAAUGUUGCAAGAUCGCGAGGCCCGAAACACCAGAAUGCAUCUGCUUUUAAAAAUGACAAAUACGGUGCAAGCGUUCAAGUUAAGAAAGCAAAAGCAAUGGUCCAUGAUGGUUUGUGCCAGCACUGCAAAGAUGUCUUGGAGUGGAAAGUAAAGUACAACAAAUACAAGCCCAUUACACAUCCCCGAAAAUGUGUGAAGUGUCUUCAAAAAACGGUGAAGGAUGCCUACCAUAUCAUAUGUAAACCAUGUGCAUUAAAGUUGGAGCUUUGUGCUAAAUGUGGAAAGAAAGAAGAGAUUGUCAUUCCGCUUGACCAGAAGCAGAAAGAAGUGGAGGACACCAGUGGGGAAAAUAAAGGGAACCAGCAAAAAAAUAGAGAUCAAGACUUAAUGAAUGAUGAUGAAGAUGAGGCAGAUGAAGAUUUUGAUGACAUGGGCUCCAGCAAUGAUGACUGUGACAGAGAUUCAGAGGCGACGCGGUACCGCAGUAUUUAUACACUAAAAUGAUUAUAAAUUACAAUAAAAGCAGAUGUUACAACA